ACUUGGACAAUUGAAUUUCAUGCAGAAUUUAGAAUUUAGACAAUCCAGACCUUCCAGUUUUUAAGUUUUUACCUGGAAAGAAAAAAAAGAGAAUUGAUUGAACAGCUGAACAACGAAAAAGAGCACCACGAGUGGAUAGAGCGAGAAGAUCAUAUUAUAUCCCAAAUCAUCAAUGUACGUACACGUUUAACUCCCGUCUCGAAUCGAUAUCUUUUUUGUAUCGCCCUCAUCACACUGUUGCACCAAUUGAUUGUAUCAAAGGAUAUACAGGAUCAUCUCAAUCAUCUUAAUCAUCUUCUUCCUUUUUUCCCCUGUAGGCCGCGCAUACACCCUCUUCUACAAUAUUUAGAUACGCAAAGAUCAACCCGAGGACUUUAAGGCAAAGUUAAAUCGGUUGGCCUCAAACUACUCAAUAUACAAUCACGAGAUUAAUUUCAUCAAAAAUCCCCGCACAUCUUUUGGUCUUUCAAGUUGGAAGUCCUUGCACAAGGGGCAGUCUGUCGUGAGCACGAGUCAGAGUCCAAUCAAUCAUCAUAUAUGAUCAUCGAUCAUUUAGUCAUCCCUUAAGACUUUUUUACCCCGCAACGAACCAGAACUUAUCCCACCAUCUAUCCCGCGUUGACUCCUUUUCACCCUUGCACUUAAAUUCCUAUUGGUCUUUUGUUAACUAGACCUGAAAGUUUGAAUCUCAGUAUCUAGCUAAGACAUCUAUCUAAAGAUGGCCCAAAAAACCUACAUCGUUGAGCAUCUCGACGAGGAGCUUGGCCCAUGGUCUGAGCUUGAAUACAUCACCAUAGCUAAGGAAUCCAAUCAAGCUGGUGCAAAGUUUUGCUUGUCGUCAAUACCUCCCACCUUGACCAUACCCGACGUCUUGAAAGCCGUGCCAGGUUUCACAGCAGAUGGCCAAAGUGUCGAAACCCUAUAUGCGGAAAAUAAGUCUCGUGUUUGCUUGCUUGAUCCAUCAGCCACCAAGGAACUGAGUCCAGAAGAUGGAGACCUUUUUGAUGUUUUCCUUUUUGGUGGAAUCUUGGGUUUGUACACCGCAUUACCUUAUCUGCAUGUAGUAGUUGCUGAUGUGCUGUGCUCUAGGGGAUGACCCACCUAGAGAUCGAACUUCUGAACUGAGAAAGAAAGGAUUUGAAGGCCGUCGGCUUGGCCCCAUCCAACUGACUACUGAUACCGCAGUUCGUUGUACAAGAAUGGUUACUCAAGAUAAAAGUCAGCUGAUCCGACCGAGCUCCUACUUCUGAAAGUUUAUGCUGACUUAUUUGUAGUCCCGCUAGACAAGAUCCCAUACAUUGACUAUCCAGAACUUCGGGUCAACAAGAACGAAAGUACAGAAAUGCCUUUUCGCUAUGUCAAGGACGCCAAUGGAAAGCCCAUCAUGCCAGAGGUAAGUUCGCAAAUCUCGCCAUGUGUUGUUCAUGUGCAAAAGACUGACUGAGGAUAUAGGGGAUGGUUGAACUUAUUAAAAAGGACACAGAAAAGGGAUUUGGUGAUAUGUUUUAGGAGGCAAGAUUGUGGAAGUUCCGCGGGAUACCUAGAUACAAAACCAUUAGCGCGGCAGUGGCAAAAUGUAAUGCAAAUGCCAUGCUAUCACAUCAUUUCCAUAGCUCUAGGUGGACAACAGAAGGCGUAAGAAAUUGUAUUAUAUAAGGGAUUAUUAUUCUCGUCAAACGUCGCCCUGCAAAUCUAGAACAAGGCUCACUUGAGCUAUCAUUGAGUAGGCGAAUACGCUGUUUCGCCAAGAGUCUGAACAUAGGAGGUGUAAAAAGCGCAACGAAUGAUAGAAAAAAGUACAAAUAACAG